GCCAUUUCAAGGAACUUCUGAAAUUCGUCGAAUGGGGCGCUUUCUUGCUCGCAAGCCCAGUUGUGCUGGCUGGAGUAUUUGACUUUUGCAGAACAGAGCGAAGCCUUGUUUCGGCAACUAACUAAAUCCGCUGAGAAGAGUGCGAGUUGUUCGGAGACUAUCCGUCCCUUCUUCACCACUAGUCUUUCGCCUAACCACGCACGAUGUACAGUUGCAUCCGCCUCCAGGCACGCACACCGGCACGCUACUACCACUACCGAAGCAGAACGACGAUCCAGAAUACGCCGAGACAAACAAAAAACAAUGGGACAAGCCUUAUUUCCCUUCCCUGCCUGCUGGGUACAGUGGAUGCCAAUGAUACCCCGCCCUGCAGGCUAAAACGCCUUGGGCACGCUAGGCCCAAGCAGGCAGCCCCAAGACGCCGCCACACCCGCAUCCAGGAAUGAAUCGACGCUGAAUUCCCCAUACUUAUCAGCUACAGGCAAUGACGGCAAGCGAGCGAACGCGACGUCCGGCCGGGGCUUGUGUCCAAGGCUGUGCUGGCGGGUGGUCCUGUCGCGGCCAAUUUCCAUUCCGGACUCCUGGACUGGCUCGUUUGCUUGGGUUUUGUUCCGGACAUUAAAAGAGCGGCUUGUUCCCCGCCCUCGUUCUUGGCCUCCUCACGCGCCUCGUUUCCUCUUUUCUUUCCUACUCGUCUGAAUUACCGUUAGUGGCUUCUCUACGCCAAGUGAACAGACGCGCCACCUUUUCGGUUAACUAUGCCCUCCCUUACCAGCGUGCUCCUCGUCGGAGCUGCUGCCAUUGCGCACAAUGCCGCUGCCCAGUUCGUCCCGGAGCCCAAUGGCUUCAAGCACGUCACGGGCCAUGCCGGCGUGCCUAUCCGCUACAAGCAGGUCCCGAAUGGCAUCUGCGAGCUGAACCCAAAGGUCAAGAGCUUCUCUGGCUUCGCCGAUGUCGCCAAGGAUGAGCACAUGUUCUUCUGGUUCUUCGAGGCCCGCGAUGUCGACCCCCGCGACGCGCCACUGACCAUCUGGAUCAAUGGCGGCCCUGGCUCGUCCUCCAUGAUUGGGCUUUUCCAGGAACUCGGCCCUUGCGGCGUCGACUACUACGGCAAGCCCUACAACAACCCGUACUCCUUUUCCAAGGUCAGCAACAUGAUCUUCAUUGACCAGCCCACCACUGUCGGCCUGUCGUACUCCAAGCCUGUCACGGGCUACGUGGACAGCGAUGGCAACUUCCAUGCUCUUCCGGAUGGCAAGUGUCCUGCUGGCGUAAACGGCACAUGCGGCACCUUUUCAGACCCUAAGGCUCCCAUCAUGGCCAACUCGACAGACACCGCCGCGCCCAACUUGUGGAAGACCCUCCAAGGCUUCAUGGGCGCGUUCCCCCAGUACGCGCGCAACGGUAUUAACUUUGCUACCGAGUCGUACGGUGGCCACUACGGCCCCGUCUUUAGCGAGUACUUUGAGAAGCAAAACGCCGCCAACGUCCCUGGUGCCAAGAAGAUCAACCUCGAGAGCCUGUUGGUUGGCAAUGGCUGGUUCGAUCCCGUUGUUGGUUACGAGGCGUUUUACAACUUCACCGUGUCGCCAGGCAACACGUACGACUUGACGCUCAACGAGACGGUCUCUAAGCAAAUGUACGACGACCUCUACGGCCCCAAUGGCUGCAAGGCGCGUCUGCAAAAGGAGUGCUCCAAGCCCACUGGCAACGACCGCGCGUGCGCCGAUGCGGACAACUUCUGCGGCGACAAGAUUGAGGGUGUCGUGGACCGGUACCUAUUCCGCGAUGACUAUGACAUCCGCGAGCUUAGCCCCGACCCAUUCCCGUACAACUUUUACGUCAACUACCUCAACACGCCCAAGGUGCAAGAGGCCCUUGGCGCGUUUACCAACUACUCUGACUAUUCGUACAUUGUGGGCAACGCUUUUGGCAGGACCGGGGACGAUGGCCGCGAGGUCAACACAGUCGAGGACCUCGGUCUGCUGCUCAAGCAGGGCGUCACUGUCGCGCUGUAUGCGGGUGAUGCUGACUUUGUUUGCAAUUGGUACGGCGUGGAGACGAUUGCCGAUAGAGUGGGUGCUCCGGGCUGGGCCAAGGCUGGCUACGUCAAUGUCACGACCAGCGACAACGAGGUCCACGGACAGGUCAAGCAGAGCGGCCAGUUUUCCUUUACCCGCGUCUACGAGAGUGGCCACGAGGUGCCGUUUUACAAGCCCGUGCUUGCGCUCGAGAUGUUUGAGCGUGUGAUUAGCGGCCGCGAUGUCGCUACAGGCAAGAAGCAUGCUGGCAAAUGUUACCGCACGCAUGGCACGCCCCAGAGCACGUACAGAGAGGGCAAUGCUACUGUCCAGUUUUCCAUCAUCCCCAACACGACUACGUACGAUACUAGCAAGAACGGGCCCGGUGCGCCGUGGAAGCCCUCUGCGUCCAAGAGACGACCUGUCAGGCCCAUACGCAUCGCUGUUUAAAGGCAUGUUGGCCAGUCACGAGUCCAACGUCCCAGCCGUGAUGACUUUUUACUUCUCUACGUAUAUAUAUAACUAUUUAUAAACACACAUGUAUACAUCUACCUAUACAUAACCUUUGAAUAUAAAUCCGUUCAUAUUACUCACCGC